CGUUUCCGGUUUAGUUACAAGGGUGAGUUAGAAGUUGAUCGAUAAAAAAGUUUGACGGAACAACAACGGACUUGAGAUGACAUUUUAUGGAGCGUGUUGUCUUGCGCUUAAGAGGAGACUGUUUGGUGGUCUUUACAGCUAAAUAACUAGCUAGCUUGGUGGUCUUUACAGCUAGAUAACUAGCGCUAGCGUGGUGGUCUUUACAGCUAGAUAACUAGCUAGCUUGGUGGUCUUUACAGCUAGAUAACUAGCGCUAGCUUGGUGGUCUUUACAGCUCGAUAACUAGCUAGCUUGGUGGUCUUUACAGCUAAAUAACUAGCUAGCUUGGUGGUCUUUACAGCUAGAUAACUAGCGCUAGCGUGGUGGUCUUUACAGCUAGAUAACUAGCUAGCUUGGUGGUCUUUACAGCUAGAUAACUAGUGCUAGCUUGGUGGUCUUUACAGCUAGAUAACUAGCGCUAGCUUGGUGGUCUUUACAGCUCGAUAACUAGCUAGCUUGGUGGUCUUUACAGCUAGAUAACUAGCGCUAGCUUGGUGGUCUUUACAGCUCGAUAACUAGCUAGCUUGGUGGUCUUUACAGCUAGAUAACUAGUGCUAGCUUGGUGGUCUUUACAGCUAGAUAACUAGCUAGCUUGGUGGUCUUUACAGCUAGAUAACUAGCUAGCUUGGUGGUCUUUACAGCUAGAUAACUAGCGCUAGCUUGGUGGUCUUUACAGCUAGAUAACUAGCGCUAGCUUGGUGGUCUUUACAGCUCGAUAACUAGCUAGCUUGGUGGUCUUUACAGCUAGAUAACUAGCGCUAGCUUGGUGGUCUUUACAGCUAGAUAACUAGCGCUAGCUUGGUGGUCUUUACAGCUAGAUAACUAGCUAGCAAGUCUGCUUAUAAAACAAGACAUUAAUGAAUAAGACACAACUUAGAAGGUAUUUGUGCUUUGAAGAACGUCCACACUUUAUCCCCUCUGAACUAACAUUAUACUGGUGUCAUAAGCUAGCCAUCUUACUGGUAAAAAACCACCUGCCAAUCAAUAAGCUAUGAUCCAUAGCAUGAAGGAAGUUCUCCGGCGGACACACAACAUAUUCCUCAAAGUCGCUCUGUUUCCGAGCGCACUGCGGAGGAAAGGACGGCCGCGUCCCGCAGCUUCGGAGGUGCUGACAUGUCACCUGCUACAGCGGAACCUCCCUCCCUGGACCUCCUUCUGUGUCCGCUACAGCGUCGUCACUAACGACCAGUUCGGGAGGUCCAACUUCAACUGGGUGGUACAGGGAGCCAAUUACCACAUACUGAGGACUGGUUGUUUCCCUUUUAUCAAGUACCACUGUUCCAAAGCACCAGCACAGAACUUAGACUAUGAAGACACGUUUUUUAGCGUGUUGAAAGUCGUCAAUCUAGGCAUCCCGUGUUUUGCCUAUGGCCUGGGCUGUCUGAUGGUAAUAACAGCUACGGAGACUGUACAGACUAGUGCUGGACCUGUCACUGUAUAUUUUGCCUUCGAAGAGAAAGACACACAGUAUUAAAACGAUCUAUUUAUGUACUUGGAAGCUAGUUUAUUUUCAGUGUUAAUAUUGUGCACUGGAUUGAGACAUCUGAACUGUCCUGUUUAGAUUGAACUGUGCCUGUGGUGACAACAAGCACAUCCUAAUACGACUUGAUAUUUCAGCAACACAGGCCAGUGAACAGCUGCAAGACGCCUGAAGGUGGAAUACUCUCCAAGACUGUUCUGCCAUAUUGAUUUCAAUCCCUUAGAAUUGUAAAUAUUAGGGAAUAAAUCUGGAACUAAUUGAAA